AUGUCGCUCAAGAUACAAAUACCCGUCAACCUUUUACUUCUUCCUGGAGGAUAUCCUCGCGAGUAUAAGCAACACCUUAUACUUUUACCUUAUGCUUUCGAGGAUAUGCUUCCCUUUUAUGAAUACGGCUCAUUAUGUACUUGUAUAGCCCUUUUAAAAGUACACUUAAGGUUUUCGCCCUGUAUGGUUACAUAAACGAGAGAUGACGCAACUGACACAGGUCAACUUUUGUAUGCUCACCUUUCGUUAUAA